CUGAAAGAAUGGGAUCAGUGAGCCAGAAUAAGGGAACUAAACAGAGAGAUGACGGUGGUUCAAGGCAAAAAUAUGCAGCAGAAUCCUCACGUCAGGAGAAAACGACCAAGUCAAAAAAACAUCGACAACGCGGCCACUGGAUAAAGUUUGAGACAGCCUCUCGUGUGAGAUAUAUUCUGUUAACCGCUGCUUUGGUGACAGUAUUAGCAGGAAUCAAGCUUGGAGAGAAUCAAAUUCUUCAUUGGGCCGUUGGUAAUGGAUACACUCAGUUUUCCAAACUUCUACUGAAGUGUGGGCUGAAUGUGGAUGCUCCAAAUUCCCGCAUGGAAACUCCUCUUCAUGUAGCAGCAAAAUUUGGUUUCAUAGGUCUCACAGAUGUUUUGACCAAACUAGGAGGUAACGUCAACGCUAAGAGUUACCAACAGCAGACACCCCUUCACUUGGCCGUAUGGAAUGGUCACCAACAAAUUGCAGCAAUGCUAUUACAACGUGGAAGCGAUUCCCAACGAGGAGAUGUGUUUGGACGUACUCCAGCUCAUCUGGCUGCAUUACAAGGACAAGAACAAAUGCUUAAAAUGUUAAUAUUAACUCAACGUGGCAGUGCUUUGAAGGCUAGAGACAACUUUGGACGGACUCCCCUUCAUUUAGCUUCGGUUAAAGGAAUUGAGAGAUUGGUGGAACUCUUAAUCCGACAUGGGAGCGAUUUAAGUGCUCGAGAUAACUCCCAGAAAACUGCGCUUCACUUGGCUGCAGAGAGUGGACAGGAUACCAUUGUACACUCCUUGAUAAUGCAUGGAGGUGAUAUCCAGGAAGGAAAUCUCUUAGGCCAGACACCUCUCCAUUUGGCUGCUCAGACUGGGCGCAAAAACGUUGUGAAAUUACUUCUAGAACUUGGAAGCAUUGUUGGUGCAGUAAAUGUGUUUAAGCAAACUCCUCUUCACUUGGCUGCAGAGAGUGGAGAGAACGGAUACAAAGACAUUUUGAAGGAGUUGAUACAGCAUGGCAGUGAUGUCAAUGCUGCAAAUAUAUUUGGACAAACCGCACUUCAUUUGGCUUCUCGAAAAGGACAUAAACGCAUCGUAGAGGUCCUUGUACAACAUAAAAGCCAAGUAUCAGCUUUAGAUAACUCACGCAAGACUGCGUUGGAUUGCGCUAUUGAAAGUGGCCAUCAAGAGAUCGUGGAAUUUCUUGAUCUCUCUUCAAGAAAAAAAAGUCGCUCUUUGGGAUCUUUGACGAGAGUUCAACGCGAUGUUAACAUGAAUUAUAUUUCUAAACAUACACCACUGCAAAUCAGACAAGAUCCUCUCCAAGUUGGUACACCGAAGAAUGGAAGCAGCGAGUUUGAUGGAAACAAGCAUCGAAGUACCAUUAAUGCCUCAAGUUUAUCGCCCUCUUUCCAUACAACGAUACCGUCAGACUCUAUCACAAGUAGCUCGAACGACAGCUAUGUAUGUGUUCCUCAUGACUGCCGAAAAUAUUCUCGUUUGUAUUUUAAUUUGCUCCCGCCUUUUUUCGUCGCAUGCAAACAGAGAAGAGGUGUAAAAAGAGAUGAAUACAAUCUUGAACUGAUAUCAUCAAACAUCCCCAUCUGUUCGCAAAAACACAUGCAAGUGUUAAAGAAGAAACUACAACAAGCGUGCCACUACCGCAAACCACACAUAGAUGGAGAUGUAAGCAGUGGGCGAAGCUUCCUCGAACAUUUUGGACCAAAUUUCUUCAAUCUGAGCUGCAUUGACUUACGCCAAGGCCACAAAUGCUCUGGUUGCUUUGUUGCAGAUGAAGCGAGAGGCAGGCCAAAAAGGGUUCUGGAGCAAGACGAAAACAUACGUUAUUAUUACGCAGAACGCGAUCUUGAAUUUUCAACUAAUUUCCACGAGUUUGUCUUAAAAUUUGUCGUGCAACAAGUUGAAACAUUUCAUCCGUCUGAACAAUGCGGAAUCGAUGGUUCGCGACAACCAGAUAUUAAACCGCGGACGUUACUCAGUACCCAAUGCUACAGCGCUUGGAAGAGGUUGAUACAUAGUGUAGGAACCUCUUCAGGACCUAACUUGAGUAUUAGCUGUUUGGUAAAUCACCAUAUGAAGGAUUCAGAUUCCAAAGUUAUCAAACAAUUUUCAGCCGAAAAGGAAGGUAUACAACCAUUUACAAACAGUAGCCAGGAAGAGCGAGUUUGCAAGGAAAACGGCCGUAAAGUGUGGACACUUGCUUGUAAGACUGAGAAUGCCACCGGUAGAAGAGAAGCCUCAAAACACUUGCUGAUCUCGAUUGUGAUUGGUUUGACAUUUAUUGCGACUAUCAUUUUAUUGCUUACAGAACAGAGAUGUUUCAAGAAUUAUUUUGCCAAGUUUUUAUUCAAUUCGCCCAAACCACGGAGAAACAACUGCCAGAAAGAGCCAGCUAACACGGAAAUCGGGUGGUCAGCGUACAUAUCCGCUUUUAAGACUGAGAAUGCCGGCGGAGAACGACAAGCUACUUACCACGAGACAAACAGAGUGAAACAUUUGCUAGUCACAAUUCAUUUUGCGAUCGUGACUCUUGCGUCAUUUAUCGUGACUUGUAUAUGUCAUAUAUUCGCCAAAAUGUUCCCAAAAUUUACAGGUCCCAAGCCCUCUUCAGCGACGUUUAUUAUUCGACCUACAUCAAAACCCCAACAUCCACCAACUCGUCAAAUGAUAUCAAUUGGUUGCCUUGGAAAAACGAUCCACUUGAUAGACACAAACAAAGCAAGAGAAGAAACCAGCAGACAAUGCAAAAAGGAAAAGGGAAACAGGAAACAUGAGAUAUGAGAGAGAACAACACACAUUUCAGGAAUGAAAUUUGACAUGGCAUUCAGACGGUUCAUUCCAUAGAGCCAGAUUUGUCAGCAGCCUGAGAUAAACCUAUUUUUUAAUUUAUUAUUAAGCACAAUAGUUCUCUAAGCCGUAAAUAAGUUGUCGAAAAGACAACUAUAUGGAUGCUUACAUUUGUAUUAGUUUGAAGAACUUUCACGAUAUACCUAGCUCAGCAUUUUAUUUAGAGACGAUGCAGUUGAACAUGUGGAUUUUUAAAAAAACAAAAACUGUGUUCAGCAAUUAAUAGAGCAAGACAAAGGAAUGUGUGGAAAAAAGCUUCCUUCUCCUCUCGUAAUAGUUUGUAAAGAAAAGGAGAAAUUGAUAAAAGUGAGAACAUUUGUACAUAUGAACACCUCAGAAGGUUAAAACGUUUUCAAAUUCUUUCUUUGAAUGAAAAAAUUUGCAACAGCAAAUUAAAAUAUUACAAAAUUAUGA